GCCGCCCUGCUCGUUCUUCUUCUGCUGGUACAAAUGGCCGAGCGCCGCGCCUUCGCGCAGAAAAUCAGCAGGACUGUAGCAGCUGAAGUCAGGAAGCAGAUUUCUGGCCAAUAUGGCAGUUCACCACAGCUGCUCAAGAACCUCAAUGUAGGGGCAAAUGUUUCUCACCAUUCAGUUCCUCUAACUGAGGCAGUUGAUCCAGUGGACUUUGAGGAUUAUGUGUUAAUGCACCCCCCAAUAAUGGAUCCAGGUCCCUUGAGGGACUUACUGGAGUUCCCUCCAGAUGAUAUUGAAGUUAUCUACAGCCCCAGGGAGUGCCGAACACUGGUGCAAGCUGUCCCUGAAGAAAGUGAUGUGGAUCCCCAUGUCAGAGACUGUGUAAAAACUUAUACUGAGGAUUGGGCGAUCGUGAAUCGCAAGUACCACAAACUCAGCACAGGAUUCAAUCCUAAUACACUUGACAAACAGAAGGAAAGGCAGAAGGGUUUACCAAAGCAGAUCUUUGAAUCGGAUGAAAUCCCAGACACCAACAGUUACCAAGAUGAUCAGGAUGAUUUGAAACGCCGUUCUGUAUCAAUAGAUGAUACGCCUAGAGGUAGUUGGGCCUGUAGUAUUUUUGAUCUCAAAAAUUCACUUCCUGACGCUGUCCUUCCAAAUCUACUUGAUCGCUCUCCAAUUGAAGAAAUAGAUCAGCAGAAUGAAGAACAGAGGAAGGCAAAUCGACACAAGGAGCUGUUUGCACUUUAUCCAGCACCAGAUGAGGAUGACACAAUAGAAAGGCACAGUAUUCCUGAGGUUCCGAGAGAGCACUUCGGUCAAAGAUUGCUUGUGAAAUGUUUAUCGUUGAAAUUUGAAAUUGAAAUUGAGCCGAUUUUUGCAAGCUUGGCUUUGUAUGAUGUCAGAGAGAAAAAAAAAAUUUCAGAAAAUUUUUUCUUUGAUUUGAAUUCUGAGCAAAUGAAAGGCAUGCUGCGACCUCAUGUUCCUCCUGCAGCAAUUUCAACACUGGCUCGAUCAGCAAUCUUCUCAAUCACAUAUCCGUGUCAAGAUGUUUUUCUAGUUAUCAGGCUGGAGAAAGUUCUGCAACAAGGAGAUAUUGGUGAAUGUGCAGAACCAUACAUGAUAUUCAAGGAAUCUGAUACAACCAAAAAUAAAGAAAAGCUGGAGAAGCUAAAGAGCCAAGCAGAGCAGUUUUGUCUCAGACUGGGGAAGUACCGCAUGCCUUUUGCUUGGACUGCCAUCCAUCUAAUGAACAUUGUUAACAGUGCAGGAAGCCUAGAGCGAGACAGCACAGACUCUGAGAUUGGAGCAGGAGAGCGGAAGGGUUCCUGGUCGGAAAGAAGGAAUUCUGGUCUUGUUGGAAGGCGGUCUCUUGAACGCACUACCAGCGGAGAUGAAUCGUGUAAUCUUUCGAGCUUCAGACCGGCCACACUGACUGUCACAAAUUUCUUCAAACAGGAAGGAGAUCGACUGAGUGAUGAAGAUUUGUAUAAAUUCCUUGCUGAUAUGAGAAGACCUUCAUCUGUUCUGCGGAGACUACGCCCAAUCACAGCUCAGCUGAAAAUCGAUAUCUCACCGGCUCCAGAAAAUCCCCAUUAUUGCCUGACCCCUGAAUUACUGCAAGUGAAACCAUAUCCAGAUACGAGAGUCAGACCAACGAAGGAUAUCCUGGAAUUCCCAUCAAGAGAUGUUUAUGUGCCAUACACUACAUACAGGAAUUUACUUUAUGUGUAUCCUCAGAGCCUCAAUUUUGCAAAUCGUCAGGGGUCUGCCAGGAAUAUUACUGUGAAAGUGCAGUUCAUGUCUGGAGAAGAUCAAAACAAUGCAAUGCAGGUCAUCUUUGGCAAGUCAAGUUGUGCAGAGUUUACAAAAGAAUCGUAUACCGCAGUAAUAUACCACAACAGAUCACCUGACUUUCAUGAAGAAAUAAAAGUCAAACUUCCUGCUUAUCUGACUGAUCACCACCACCUGCUGUUCACCUUCUACCAUGUCAGCUGCCAACAGAAGCAGAAUACACCCUUGGAGACCCCAGUUGGAUACACGUGGAUUCCAAUGCUGCAGAAUGGACGCUUGAAAACUGGUCAGUUCUGCCUUCCGGUGUCUCUUGAGAAGCCUCCACAAUCUUACUCGGUAUUAUCUCCAGAAGUACCACUGCCUGGAAUGAAGUGGGUGGAUAACCAUAAGGGAGUGUUCAAUGUGGAGGUGAUCGCUGUAUCCUCUGUUCACACUCAGGAUCCAUACCUUGAUAAGUUUUUUGCUUUGGUCCAUGCCCUGGAGGAGCAUGCAUUUCCUGUGCGCAUUGGAGAUCUGAGAAUUCUGGAGAAUGAUCUGGAGAAUGAGCUGAAGAACAGUAUUUCGGCCUUGAGCUCAGCUCAACUGGAGCCUGUGGUACGAUUCCUCCACCAGCUUCUGGAUAAACUUGUCUUGCUGAUUGUGAGGCCCCCUGUAAUCGCUGGACAGAUUGUAAAUAUGGGACAGCCAUCAUUUGAGGCAAUGACAUCCAUUGUUAACAGACUUCACAAAAACUUAGAAGCAAACCAGGACCAGCAUGGCAGAAACAAUUUGCUGGCAUCCUACAUUUACUAUGUUUUCCGUCUCCCGAGUACAGAGUCGAAUCCCUCGUCACCAGGUCCCGGUGGCUGUGUGUUGGGUGGAUCUAUGCAUUAUGCUACAAUGGCACGCUCAGCUGCAAGGCUGGCCAGCCUGAGUCUUAGUCGGUCCCGGAGCCUCAGUAACAGCAACCCUGAUAUCUCAGGUACUCCAACCUCACCAGAUGAUGAAGUGAGAACAAUUAUUGGCAGCAAGGGACUAGAUCGUUCCAAUUCCUGGGUUAAUGCUGGUGGCCCAACUGUCUCAUGGAGAAGUCCCCCCAGAUCAAGCACUGAAGUAAUGCAGGCGAUGGACCGAAGUAAUCGCAUGUCAUCGCAUACCGAAAGCACAAGUUUCUUACAAACGUUAACAGGACGAUUACCAACUAAGAAGCUAUUACAUGAGGAACUGGCGCUGCAGUGGGUUGUGAGCAGUGGGAGUGUGCGUGAAUCUGCUUUACACCAGGCCUGGUUCUUCUUUGAAUUAAUGGUGAAAAGCAUGGUGCACCAUUUAUAUUUUUCUGACAAACUUGACACGUCAAGAAAAGCCCGAUUUCCAGAAAGAUUCAUGGAUGACAUCGCUGCAUUGGUUAGCAUGAUUGCAGGGGAUAUAGUGACAAGAUUUCAGAAGGAUAUAGAACUGAUUGAGCGACUAAACGUCAGUCUUGCAUUUUUUCUCAAUGACUUGUUUUCAGUGAUGGAUCGUGGUUUUGUCUUUUCCCUAACGAAAACCUACUGGAAGCAGGUUUCUUCAAAGCUUUAUGCGUUACAGACUCCAAGUAUGCUUGUGUCAUUGAGAUUGGACUUCCUGCGAAUCAUCUGCAGUCAUGAGCAUUAUGUUACACUGAACUUACCAUGCAGUCUUCUUACACCUCCAUCCUCUCCAUCCCCCUCUGUGUCUUCGGCAACAAGUCAGAGUUCUGGGUUUUCUACAAUUGUUCAAGACCAGAAGAUUGCUAAUAUGUUUGAGUUGUCAGUUCCAUUCCGUCAGCAGCACUACCUAGCAGGACUCGUACUUACUGAGUUAGCACUUAUUCUAGAUCCAGAGGCAGAGGGCUUGUUUGGACUGCACAAGAAGGUUGUCAACGUUGUUCAUAAUUUGCUGUCGAGUCAUGAUUCUGAUCCUCGAUAUGCUGAUGUAGAUGUAAAAGCUCGUGUAGCCACGUUAUACUUACCGCUGAUUGGUAUCAUAAUGGAAUCCGUGCCACAGUUAUAUGACUUCACAGAAUCCCUCAAUCAGCGAGGACGUCCCAGUGUUGUAACUGCAGAUGAUUAUGAGAGUGAAAGCAGCAACAUGAUCAAUCAAACCGUCGCCAUGGCAAUCGCAGGAGCCUCUGUUCCACAGCUUUCCCGACCGAGUAGUUUCUUGCUGACAUCUGGGACCGGACGCCAGUAUACAACUUUCUCAGCAGAAUCAAGCCGCAGCUUGUUGAUUUGCCUUCUCUGGGUUUUAAAAAAUGCAGACAACAUGGUUCUACAAAAGUGGUUUGCAGAUCUCUCCAUUCUCCAACUAAACCGCCUGUUGGACUUGAUGUAUCUCUGUGUAUCCUGCUUUGAGUACAAGGGCAAGAAAGCUUUUGAACGAAUGAAUAGUCUGACAUUCAAAAAAUCAAAGGACAUGAAAGCAAAACUUGAAGAAGCAAUACUUGGGAGCAUUGGCGCUCGGCAGGAGAUGGUUCGUCGUAGUAGAGGGCAACUAGAACGAAGUCCUUCUGGAAGUGCAUUUGGAAGCCAAGAAAAUCUGAGAUGGAGGAAAGAUAUGACCCACUGGCGCCAAAAUAGUGAAAAGCUUGACAAGAUAUUUGUAUGUGACAGAUCAAGGGCUGAGUUGGAACAUGAGGCACUGAUUGAUGGUAACCUUGCAACUGAAGCAAACCUUAUUAUUUUGGACACUUUGGAAAUAAUUGUUCAGACUGUUUCUGUGACAGAAUCCAAAGAGAGUGUGCUUGGAGGGGUCCUGAAGGUUCUUCUACACACUAUGGCGUGUAAUCAGAGUGCACUUUACCUGCAACAUUGUUUUGCCACCCAGAGAGCCUUGGUAUCUAAAUUUCCUGAACUCCUUUUUGAAGAAGAAACAGAACUGUGUGCUGAUCUGUGCCUAAGGCUUUUACGACACUGCAGCAGCAGUAUUGGCACAAUCCGAGCACAUGCCAGUGCCUCACUGUACCUCCUUAUGAGACAAAAUUUCGAGAUUGGCAAUAAUUUUGCAAGAGUGAAGAUGCAAGUAACCAUGUCACUUUCCUCGCUGGUUGGUACAUCCCAGAAUUUUAAUGAAGAAUUCCUCAGGCGUUCUUUAAAGACAAUUUUGACAUACGCUGAAGAAGACUUGGAACUGAGAGAAACUACCUUUCCUGACCAGGUGCAGGAUCUUGUUUUCAAUCUCCAUAUGAUCCUGUCAGACACAGUGAAAAUGAAGGAACACCAAGAAGAUCCAGAGAUGCUCAUUGAUCUGAUGUACAGAAUUGCUAAAGGAUACCAGACAUCACCAGAUCUGCGGCUAACCUGGCUCCAAAACAUGGCUGGAAAACACUCUGAGAGGAGUAACCGUGCUGAAGCAGCGCAGUGCCUCGUCCAUUCUGCAGCUUUAGUAGCAGAAUACUUAAGUAUGUUGGAAGAUCGCAAGUAUCUUCCUGUAGGAUGUGUAACCUUCCAGAAUAUUUCUUUCAAUGUUUUGGAAGAGUCUGCAGUUUCAGAUGAUGUUCUUUCACCGGAUGAGGAAGGAAUCUGCUCUGGGAAGUACUUCACAGAGGCUGGUCUUGUGGGAUUGCUGGAGCAAGCUGCAGAUCUGUUUUCAAUGGCUGGAAUGUAUGAGGCAGUUAACGAAGUUUACAAAGUUCUUAUUCCAAUCCAUGAGGCUAAUCGUGAUGCAAAAAAACUGGCAACUAUUCAUGGUAAACUCCAAGAUGCUUUCAGCAAAAUAGUCCAUCAGAGUACUGGCUGGGAGGAUGGAAAGAGGAUGUUUGGUACCUAUUUCCGCGUUGGCUUUUACGGAUCCAAGUUUGGUGACCUGGAUGAACAAGAGUUUGUUUACAAAGAGCCAGCGAUAACAAAACUGGCUGAAAUCUCUCAUCGACUUGAAGCGUUUUAUGGUGAACGCUUUGGUGAGGAUGUUGUGGAAGUUAUCAAAGAUUCCAAUCCAGUGGACAAGUGCAAAUUGGAUCCUAAUAAGGCCUACAUCCAGAUAACAUAUGUGGAACCAUAUUUUGACACCUACGAAAUGAAGGACAGGAUUACGUAUUUUGACAAAAAUUAUAACCUGAGACGUUUCAUGUAUUGCACACCAUUCACACUAGAUGGCCGAGCUCAUGGUGACCUUCAUGAACAAUUCAAACGCAAGACUAUCUUGACCGUCUCUCACACGUUCCCCUACAUUAAAACCAGAAUCAAUGUCACCCAAAAAGAAGAGGUUAUUUUAACACCAAUUGAAGUGGCGAUAGAAGAUAUGCAGAAGAAAACUCAAGAGCUUGCUUUUGCAACACAUCAAGAUCCAGCUGAUCCCAAGAUGCUUCAAAUGGUGUUGCAGGGCUCAGUGGGAACAACAGUUAAUCAAGGACCUUUAGAAGUUGCUCAAGUGUUUUUGUCUGAAAUACCUAAUGAUCCCAAACUCUUCCGACAUCACAACAAAUUACGUCUAUGCUUCAAAGACUUCACUAAAAGAUGUGAGGAUGCCCUCCGGAAAAACAAAAGUUUGAUAGGUCCUGAUCAGAAGGAAUAUCAACGUGAACUUGAACGGAACUAUCACCGUCUCAAGGAAGCUCUUCAGCCUUUGAUAAGCAGGAAAAUUCCACAGCUUUACAAACCUGUCCUACCAAUCAGCUGCCAUAGAGAUUCUUUCAGCAGACUGAGUCUUCGCAAAGUGGACAUCUGAACAGAUGGCCUAGGUACUUACCUAUACCUGCAUGUGAUGAAAGGAGCAGAAAAAAAAAACCUAUUCAUUUCAGACAACAAAUAUGGACAUCAAAACAAAUUCAUACCUCAUUUUGAUACACUACAUUUCUUUAAGUGAUGUGAAGAGGUUAAGUAAGGAGAGAUGACUUGUUAUGGUACUAGUAAUUAUUCCAACACAUGGUUACAUUCGCUUGCACAUUCUCUGUAGUUAGUGUUAUUAGCAGUAACAACUGUUAAGAUUCACUAAUCAGUCAUACCUGCUAUUUAUCUACCAUUAUGUAUUAAAAGUUCUUAAUGUUAUUUACUAUUAGCUGAUGUACUAUUUAUAAAAAAUUCACAAGAUUUGAACAGUUUGUCAUUGGCAUUGAUAAUUCCAUUUUUAUUUUUGAAAAAGGUACUAUUAAAUUUUGAAAUUACUUCAACGUGGUCUAUUUCUUGAUUUCGUUGUAACUUCUUCAUUUUUGUAGAAGUGCUGGAGUACCAAACCUGCUUCUGUUUAACUGAAGCAAAUACCACUGAGGUUUUAAGUUUCAUUAAAUCACCACCAUUAUUUGACAAAUCAUCUGGAUAAGAAAUUGUUAAUACUACUUUUCACUUGCUGCAGUGACCGCGAUUGAAAUGUGUUCUAAUCAAAAGAUGAGAAUUCCCGAGUCUAAUUUCACUUAAGUAUAUUACCUGCAUAUGUUAGUACCUUGGCCAAAAACAGGAUCAGAAACUGUUCCAAUGGCUGCUAUAACUAUCUCAGCUUAGUGAGGAAUUUACAUGGAAACAUAUCACACUAAAAGUCAGCGAGGGUAAAAAUAUGUAAAAAGGUUACAAAUAAAAUGUAGUGUAGAGGAUAUGGAGUCAUUGUUCUGUUUAUUGAAAGUGAAUUUCCCAAUUUACAGUAGAAUUGAAAAAAUACAAAGAGCUUGAACUCACUGAAACCAUCCAACAUUAAUGUUGUGCCACAAUAGGUUUCAUACUACACCCAGUCAAAAAUUAAGGAUAAGACAUUGCAUGUCUUCCUGAUUGAAAUCCCACAAUUCACAGGGAAAAAAAGUGAUAGAAAAAAUGGCAAUGCUGAAUUCUUUCUUAAAUCAUGGAACUGUGCCAGACAUGUGUGGUACCGGUUUGGUUUUAACCAAGUAGUCAUUAACAUCUUGUAGGGUGUUUUAUACCUUGUAGUACAGCUCCUUAUUGGGUUAUCAAUGUCAUCUCUGAUGAGGUCUGGCUCAAAAUCUAGCCAUGGGCAAAGGAUAUAUCUUCUUAAUAAUGACCCAAGGCAAAUAAUGCACCUAGAGACAAGUGUGAGCUGGAGGAACACAGCAGGCCAGGCAGCAUCAAAGGAGCAGGAAAGCUGCCAUUUCAGGUCAGAUGCUGAAAAAGGGUCCAGACCCAAAACGUCAACUUUCCUGCUGCUCUGAUGCUGCCUGGCCUGCCAUUUUCCUCCAGCUCCAGAGUAUUACCUCUGACUCCAGCAUCGACAGUUCUUAUCUCUAAAUAAUGCACCUAUGUAUGUUUGUGCUAUAUACAUUUCAAAUAAAAGGUUAUUAAAAUUA